AUGGAUAAGGCUCCACCAACGCAAGUGACGGCUGGCCCCGAUGGCUUCACCGUGGCGGCUAUCAUAACUGCUUUGGUCGUCAUUGGCCUGACCUUUGUGAUUUUCUCUUAUUUGAAGUCUCGAGCUAACAAGUCUGCUUCGACGCUGUUCUGUGGCCUUUCCAACGCGGGGAAGACAGCUUUAUUUGGCAAAAUGGUCAAUCCGAUGGUCACGUUUUCUACGUACGUAUCGAUGUUUCCGAAUACUGCUGAAAUUGACACGAAGCGUGGGAAGCGCAAACUUGUGGAUUAUCCGGGGCUUGAGCGUUUCAGAAAUGGGAUGCUAUUUGAUUAUUUCGACUCGGGCAAGUCGCCUGUUGCGAAAAUAGCCUUCGUCUUGGAUAGCGAGGUGAUCUUUCGGACUGUCAAAGAAAACGCGGAGAUGUUGUACGACAUCAUGCUGCGUUGCAACUCUUCGAACAAGUUGCUGAUCUGCUGCCACAAGAGCGACGUGUCGCAGGCUGAACCCAAGAAGAAAGUGGCGGACAAGCUGGCUGAAGAGUUUGUGCUGAUCAACAAAUCGCGUCAUUCGGCUCUAUCGUCAACGGAGGGUGCUGGUGCCGGCAAGAAAACGCUGUUCGCCAAGGACGGCACCUUUUCCUGGGAAUCUUUCCCGUUCAAGAUUGAUUGGCUGGAAACGUCGAUCUACGAUGACUCGUUCCGUGGCGUCCGGGAUUGGAUCACUACGGCU